UUGAAUAUUGAAUUUUUCUAUAAGCAAUUUCAGCAUGGGGUGGAUUUGCUAGAUUAGUGAUAUUGGUGGUAACCCAAAGAGUUGGCAUAUCAUUAGGUUUGUCAUUAUAAACCACUGAGGGGCCAACAAAUAAGGGAUCAACUUCUACUUCCAUUCUAGAUACAUUAGAUGCCUUGUCCCGACCACAAGGAAUUUCAUCAUCAUCAUCAAUUAUUAUGCAAUCUAAAAUUUAUGAACGAAAAUAUUAACAAAAACAAAGAAGUAAACGUUAAAAUCACAACUUAUAGAUAAGAAUACCAUCAUUAGCAUCGAUUUCUUCACCCAUGGUCACUUCUAAUAAAGAAAGAGGACUAACAACAUCCAUUACUCAUUCAAUACGUCUGUAAACAAAUCGAAGAUUUAUAAAUUUAAAAUAAACAUAUCCACAGCUCUGAAAAACAAAAUAUUCUAAUAACAUGGGUAUUGACAUUCUUCAAACCCGGUAUAACAGCACGUACUCAAAACUUUGUUAAUUUACAAACACAAACUUGUAACCUCCACUAUAAAGAAAUUGAAUUACUUUGAUAAUGACAAUUGUAUAUAUCUAUACACUUUGAAAAAGUUUUACUGUAUCAAUUCGGUUACCUUAUCUUUUAACUUUGCUUUGUAACUCAAAAUUAAAAAUAAAAUAAAACACGAGUAAAUAUUCAACACGAUUUUUCCAUGACUUGGUUUUAUUGGUUCUUGUGGCAGUGGAAUGUAUGUGCUGAUGGCCAUGGUUUGUGAUCCAUGAUGAAGAAAAGAAAUUCGCCAUGUUCAUUAUCAGAUGAGAUAUUGUGAUAUGGUGAAAUUGUGGAUUUUCUAAAAGUAUUGUUAGUAUCGUGGAGGUAUCCAACAUCUUUCAAGCUGGAUAGAUUACCUGAAUAUCUCCGCGAUACCGUGGACUGGUUUAUGGGAAAAGCUCGUCGAAAGGACAAAGAAUCAUCGUCAGUAAGCUCUGAAGAACCCAAACUAUACCUUGAAGAAGCAGUCUUAGAAAGAAAGUUACCUGAAAUUGACCUUAGAGUAUUGGUAGAUCUACCUGCUGGCUUGGAUUAUAAUGAAUGGCUUGCUUCCCAUACUAUUGCGUUUUUUGACCAUAUAAACUUGGUCUAUGGAACAAUUUCAGAAUUCUGCACUAUGUCUGGAUGCCCAGACAUGACUGGUCCCCAAUUGAGAACUUAUCUCUGGUUUGAUGAAAAAGGAAAGAAGACACGAGUUGCUGCUCCACAAUACAUCGACUAUGUUAUGACCUUUACUCAAAAAACUAUUACUGAUGAAACAAUAUUUCCUACAAAAUAUGCAAAUGAAUUUCCAUCUUCAUUUGAGUCAAUCGUUCGAAAGAUUCUCCGUCUUCUCUUUCAUGUUAUGGCCCAUCUUUAUCAUACACAUUUUCGUGAGGUUGUCCUUCUAAACCUACACGCUCACCUCAACUGCCUCUUCGCUCAUUUAAUUCUGUUUGAUGAGCGAUUUUCUCUCAUAGAUCCAGCAGAGACAGUUGUUUUAUCAGACCUUGUUCAAGCUUUGAAAAUACUCGGGCCAGAGUCAACUACUGCAACAACACAGAAGGAUUCUUCAGAUCAAGAAGAACCUCCACCUCAACAAGGAACUUCUUCGAUCGGUCAAUAGCUAGGCUGUGAAACUGUUAAAUUAUUUAUUGUUCUGUUUAAAUAUAAAGGUCUCAUGAGUAUUGCACCAACUGAGACGUUUACUUUAUCUUUUCAUCAUCUUUGCCGUAAUUUUUAUCACACUCUGCACUUUUAUCUAUCAAUAUAAUAUUUAUUCAUCUUAUAGAUUUUUAAAUAUUACUAGAUGCAUAUUUAUAUGAAAAAUAUGUAAGUAUUUUUUUAGAAUGGUUCAAUAUAUAUAUUAUACAAAAAUUUUAAAAAUCAUGACCCCCUUCCCCCUAAAAAAAUAUAUAUAUAAUAGACACAUCUUCUAAACUCUAGUAUUAAGUAAAUCCAUUAGUUUUUACUAUGAAAUGAUGUGUUCAUAUUUUAAUGAUUAUU